AUGGCCCCUCGUUCAUACUCCAAGACCGCAAAGGUCCCACGUCGUCCCUUCGAGAGUGCUCGUUUGGACUCCGAAUUGAAGAUUGUUGGAGAGUAUGGUCUCCGCAACAAGCGUGAGGUCUGGCGUGUCCAGUUGACUCUUUCCAAGAUCCGUCGUGCUGCCCGUCAAUUGCUCACUCUCGACGAGAAGGACCCAAAGAGACUUUUCGAAGGUAACGCCCUCAUUCGUCGUCUCGUCCGUGUCGGUGUCCUCGAUGAAGCCCGUAUGAAGCUCGAUUACGUUUUGGCCUUGAAGAUUGAGGAUUUCAUGGAGCGUCGUCUUCAAACUUGUGUCUACAAGCUCGGUCUCGCAAAGUCCAUCCACCACGCUCGUGUCCUCAUCCGUCAAAGACACAUUCGUGUUGGUAAACAAAUCGUCAACGUUCCAUCUUUCGUUGUUCGUCUCGACUCACAAAAGCACAUCGACUUCGCGUUGAGCUCGCCAUUCGGUGGAGGACGUCCAGGACGUGUCCGCAGAAAGAAGGCCAAGGCUUCCGAGAAGAAGGAUGACGAUGCCGAGGAGGAGGAUGAGGAAUAG